GCGUCAGAGGCAAACAUGAAUUAUGCCAAAGCAGAGAAAUGGUGUAAAACCCAUUUUACAAAUCUGGUUGCUAUUCAGAAUAAAGAGGAAAUUCACUACUUAAAUGCAACAUUUCCCAGUAAUUCAAAUUAUUACUGGAUUGGUAUCCGAAAAAUUGAGAAUGAAUGGAGAUGGGUUGGAACAAACAAGCAACUGACUGAAGAAGCUAAAAACUGGGCUGAAGGUGAACCAAACAACGGAAAAAAGAACGAGGACUGUGUCGAGAUCUAUAUAAAACGAACAAAAGAUUCAGGAAAGUGGAAUGAUGAACCAUGUUAUAAAACUAAAAGAGCUUUGUGCUAUAAUGCCUCUUGUACUCCAAAUUCCUGCAGUGGUCGUGGGGACUGUAUAGAGACAAUUAACAAUUACAUCUGCCACUGUAACAAAGGUUUCUAUGGACAUGACUGUGAACAUGUAAUUACUUGCGAUCAACUGGAAGACCCAGAUCAAGGUAUCUUUACAUGCAAACAUCCAAUACAGGAUUUUGGCUUUAACUCUUCUUGUGAUGUUCAAUGCAAGGAAGGUUACAAACCGACUGAGAUGGAAUCAAUAACAUGUACCGAUUCUGGAAAAUGGUCUGCACCAUCUCCAUCCUGUAAAGUUGUGGAAUGUUAUGCACUACAGAAGCCUAUGCAUGGUUUAUUCAACUGCUCCAACCCUUCUGGAAAUUAUGCCUGGAAUUCAUCUUGCAAUUUUUCUUGCGAAGAAGGUUUUGUUUUGAAAGGCCCCGAUAUGCUCCAGUGUGGAGUAUCAGGCGAAUGGGAUGGACAGGAGCCUACAUGUGAAGUGGUGAAAUGUCAAGCAGUACCUCAGUCAGAAGGAAGCCUUAUGAAUUGUUCCCAUCAUGAUACAGAACUGAAGUAUAAGUCAACGUGUGAUUUUGCUUGUGCAAAGGGUUACACUUUAAGAGGAUCACCCCAGAUUCAGUGCUCAUCAGAUGGGCACUGGAGUCAGCCAAUUCCUGUUUGUGAAGCUGUGUAUUGCAGUGAACUACAGCCUCCAGCUAAUGGCUCCAUGAGCUGCUCUGGUCCUUCUGGAAACUCUGCCUGGAAUUCAACCUGCAAGUUUGCUUGUGAAGAAGGAUUUAAACUUAAUGGAUCCAGUGAACUCCAAUGUGAUGUUUCUGGACAUUGGGAUGCAUCAGAGCCAGAAUGUGAAGUUGUGGAAUGUUAUGCACUACAGAAGCCUAUGCAUGGUUUAUUCAACUGCUCCAACCCUUCUGGAAAUUAUGCCUGGAAUUCAUCUUGCAAUUUUUCUUGCGAAGAAGGUUUUGUUUUGAAAGGCCCCGAUAUGCUCCAGUGUGGAGCAUCAGGCGAAUGGGAUGGACAGGAGCCUACAUGUGAAGUGGUGAAAUGUCAAGCAGUACCUCAGUCAGAAGGAAGCCUUAUGAAUUGUUCCCAUCAUGAUACAGAACUGAAGUAUAAGUCAGCGUGUGAUUUUGCUUGUGCAAAGGGUUACACUUUAAGAGGAUCACCCCAGAUUCAGUGCUCAUCAGAUGGGCACUGGAGUCAGCCAAUUCCUGUUUGUGAAGCUUUUCCAGCACUUGGGAAAUUCUUAGCAAUUGGUAUACCAGUCACUGGGCUUUCGGUCCUAUCAGUGAUAUUGUUCAUUAUUUGGGUCCAAAAGCAUCUUCCAAAAAAAAUUUUUCGAGCCUUGAUUCAGAAGGUAGUUUCCAAGCUCAAAUCAUUUAAUCAACCAGUAAAUCUGGAUGUCUCUGAAAUGAUAUCCAGCCACUCCAUGGAGAAGCCUUUCCAACAGGGAUAA